AUGUUGGAUAACCUCCCAGCGGAAAUCCUCGAAAUGAUUCUUAAUCAAGAUUGUUUGGAUUUUCCUGAUUUAAUCAACAUUUCUUCGACUUGCUCAUUGUUGCAAGGCUUUGUACUCAACAACAAUAAUCUUUGGAGGAGUUAUUAUCGCAAGAGGUGGUUUGAAAUAGCAGAAAGAUCCCCAAAAAUUGAUAAUUACUUUGCCGAAGUUUCCUAUAUUUACAAAAUACAUCACGAGAUUGAUGGGAUUUUAACCAGAUUAACCUCACUUUGCAUGCAUAAAGAGUUACUACUCCCAGCUGAUUUCGCACCAUUUAUCCACAUGAUCAAAUCGAGGUGUUUAAACGCAGAGUAUUUGGUGCAUUAUUUAAGAGAGAUCUUAAAAGACCCAUCACAAAUUAAAACGUACGACGUGGUUCCGUUAAAUACUCCAGGGAAUUUAACGAUUAAGUAUUAUAGUUUGGAAACGUUGUAUUAUUUGGGACUCGAGAAUUUUAAAGUGCUUUGGGAGAAAUUUAUCUCGUUAGAUGAAGAUGAUCGCAUUUUGGAAAUUGGUGCUGCACUUUUAAUGAAAUGGUCUAAACCACAAUUUAAUAUUAAAGUGGGAAAAGUUCACAAAGAAUUUGAUGGAAUAGCAGAGAAAGUUAAAAAUUGUUUGAGAAUUAAUCACCCAAGACAUCCUUUACUGAAAACGAACCAAGAUGAUUCAAAAUUGUGGCGAAACAAGAUCAUUAAAGAGAAUAAAUUUUCUUUGAUAAAUUCCCAACAAAUUUUGUCCACAAUUACCCAAGUUAUGUCCCAAAACGCUCUUGACAAAGACAAUGAUCCAAAUUCAUUUACUUUGGAAAUGUUUGAAUUAAAACCUGGAUUCAAAAUUACUCGCUUGGUCAUUUUCGAGGGGGUUGCGCGACGAUUGGGGGUCAAAUUGGAUUGGGUGAAUGCCCCAGGUGGUUUUUUGUUGCGAUUUAUCCAACUUGAUAACUCAGAAAGGAAAAUUUAUUACGUUGACGUUUCAAAUGGGGGUAAACUCAUUUUAGCAACUCACGGAUCAAUUACAAAUCCAAAUUCAAUUCUUGAUAGCGAAUCAGUUCUCAAACGAAUCAUAAAUGAUUUAGCACAAUCACCGCAUCAAGACGAAUCCUUAACACCUUCAAUUUUAGAAUUAAAUCUUAGAACUCAUCCAACCAAUUUACAAGCAAUGUUUGCGUUUAGUGCUUUUUACAGGAGAUAUAACAUCGAAAUACUCCCAGCAACAAAUUUACGAUAUCUUCACAGAAAUCCAUUUACAAGUACCGGAAGUCAUGUUUUCACCUAUUUUCGUCACGAUGGCUUUCCUCCUCAUGGAAUGUAUCCAAUAAAUCCUCCUAAAUCGCCCUCCACAAGGAAUGGUAACGUUAAAUUCGCUGUUGGAAUGGUGAUGAAGCACAAAUUAUACAACUACGCAUGCGUGAUUUAUGGCUGGGAUAAUACUUGUGAUAGAAAAGCUCCUUGGCAGCAAGAAAUAACUUACGAACAGUUUAAAUUGGGCCAACCCCAACCGUUUUAUAAAGUUUUAUUGGAAGAUGGUAGCAAGAAAUAUGUGGCUCAAGGAAAUUUGUUGCAGUGUGGGUUAAAGUGUGGGUUCGAUAAGACUUUGAAACUUGGAAAGUAUUUUACGCACUUUUUUAAGAACCAAUUUGUGCCGAAUUACUUUUUAAAUGAGAAGUAUCCGUAUGAUGUUGAAGUUAGGAAGCAAUUUCAACUUUUGGGUUAG